AUGCGCUCUCUGAAUACGGGGUUUUCAGAGAUGUGCUCACUGGUGCGUGACUUUGACUUCGAUGUUUUUGGAGUGUCAGAGACGUGGCUGUGCCCUGGAACACCAUCAGAAGACUUCUCUAUGCCUGGGUAUCAGUUGUUGCGAGCUGAUCGUAACACAAAUGUAGAAUGUGAAGAAGAUCAAGGAGGUGGGGGUGUUGCCAUCUAUAUCAAAGAUGGUAUACACUUUGAAAGUCACAGCUUUGAAGAUAGUUUGAGUCCUGGCAUAGAGGCACUUUGUAUCAUUUUGAAAAUGAGUGGUGAGAGACUCGGGCUAUGUGUGGCCUAUCGACCGCCCAAUGUGAGGCAGUCUUGCCUUGCUUCCUUGUUUCACUCUUUGUUUGUGGAUCUUGCAGUCGAAGUGAACAAUGUCAUUUGUUUAGGGGACUUGAACGUUGAUCUCAUGUCGAAAAAUAGUAACGAAUAUCAAUAUUACAGCCGACUCUUGAAAGAAGCAUGUGCUGUACAACUAAUUAAUGAGCCAACGAGAGUAACAGCAACUUCAGCCACCUUGUUAGACCAUAUCAUUGUGGACAGGUUGACUGAAGUCAAGAGGACCGGCAUAGUGGAUGCUUCGACCCUGACGAACUUAUUUAGUGAUAUGAUUGACGCCAAAGACAAGGGUAAAUAUAGUUCUCUAGUUAUGCUGGACUAUUCAAAGGCAUUUGAUUCAAUGAACCAUGAGAUGCUAUUGGCCAAAAUGAAAUAUUAUGGCUUUGACGAAAAUAUUUUGAAAUGGAUAAGGUCAUACUUAGACUCCAGGCUGCAAGUGACGCAGUUAGAGAGUGAAACAUCAACCCCGCUUGUCAAAACCCAAGGAAUUCCCCAAGGCAGCUGUCUUGGGCCUGUUCUGUUCAAUUUGUACACGGCAGACCUUCCUAGCUGUGUGCAACAUUGUACAGUUCAUUUGUAUGCCGAUGACUCACAGCUGCACUUGUCUUAUGAGCCAUCCCAGAUUAGAGCUUCACUCGAUCUCAUUAACUCUGAUCUGAGAAAAAUCCUUUUGUGGUCAGAAGCAAAUGGGUUGAAACUCAAUACUGGCAAGUGUACUGUGAUGCAUACGGCGCCACAAGACUUGGUGCAGUCCCUCAGCGAGAGAGGAGUGAGUGUUGUGCUCAACGGGGAAUCUUUGACUUUGUGUGACAAGUCAAAGACUCUUGGCGUUGUGCUUGAUAGCAGCCUCACCUUCUCUGACCAUGUCACACAUGCUUCGCAGCGCGCGUUAGGAAGGCUGAGAGGGCUGUACAGGUUUAGAAGUCUGCUGCCAGAAUCUGCGAAGCUGCGCCUCAUGCAGUCACUAGUCCUGUCGGUGUUUACAUAUUGUCUCCCUGCUUAUGGAAACAGCAUCUCUGGAGUAGACAUGACCCGAAUGCAGAAACUGCAAAAUUCAGCUAUUCGCUUCAUUUUUUGCCUCAAAAAAUUUGAACAUGUCUCUCCCUAUAGAGCUGUAGCGGGGAUGACAACAGUAGACACUGUUUGCAGGAUCAUGACGUGCUGCAUGGUGCACAAGGCUCUUGUCUUACAGGAGCCACAGUACCUUCUUGAGAGGCUCUCUUUCCGGGAGGAGGUCUCUCAGCGCAGUACCCGCCAUGGUGGUCUCCAGCUUCACUUUCCAAGAGUGAGGCUUGAGUUUGGGAGACGAAGCUUCUCGUACUUCGGUCCAAAACUGUACAACGACCUCCCCUCUGGCCUCAAAAAGUAUUCUUUAUCAUCAUUUAGAGUUAAGAUCAAAGAAUUGUGCACUGAUGGUUAA